CCAUAUCCCACACAAGUGAUUUUUUUCACAGCGAGGUACCCGGAUUUCAAAGUCACUCAGCAACUAUCGUCGAAUUAUAAAUUCAAGAAGAAAAAAAAUAGGCUGCUCUUCGUGUCUGGCACUGGCUAUGGCAACUGCAUCCUAUUCUUUAGCGAUUUUACUUCUGCAGUUUUGCAUAAUCAACCAAGGGUUAUGCAGGCCCUUUGCAGGAUACACCACCAUUGAGCAUCCUGAACUGAGUUCCAGUGGUCAGCAGCCAGGUGAGAGCGGAGGUCUACUUGAUGACCUGGAGUACAGUGGCCAUGAUCUCCCCCUGAAUGACACCUACGCCUUUACUACAUCACCCUCUCCCCCUGUGGACUGGAACCACCUUACAACCAAGCCUGAGCCAGAAGACACAGUGUUGCCCACGUCACCUGACCCUGUGUCUUUCUCAUCUGGACUGGAAAUGCGCGAUAAUGAUGAUAAUGAUGACAGUGACAACUCUGAUGAUGGUGCUGCCAACCGCCAAGCAAGGCCAAACCUACUGCUUUCUCCCCCGUUUGGUGUGGCUUUGUUUUCUGCAGAGGAUGAUGCCAUGCUUGAUGACCUUGAGGUGGAGCAGUUUUUGUCUGCCUCCCCAACCUUGUGGAUGAGUGAUGAGGGACUGGUGAGGGAGGCUAAAGCUGCUUCCUUGGGUUCAGCUCCAAGCACCAGCACCACAAGCCACACCGGCAAACUGUCGGCCCCUGAUGAGGAGAUUCUUGGAUCGGGAGAAAGGCAAGCUGACACAGGUAGUGCAGGAGGGGCUCUGGCUCUUGUCUGACGGCCAGAAUGUACCAGAGGAGGAGGAGAGUUCACACUACACUCUUUCAGGAUCAUGAAAGUUGAACCCUUCAAGGUGACUUGUGAUCAUGUCGGCAGUUUAGCUGUGGUUGAACAAUAAU